AUGAGUGUCAGCGUCGAGCGACAGCCGCUGCACUUUAGCCAGCAGCUCUCAAGCCCUUCUCGCUCACCAACCCAUCUGAUCCAUGCUCACACGCCUGCCUCUCCCCAACCACAGCCUGCUGCCGACAUGGACCUGAGCGCCUCCACCACCACCAAUAACAACAACAACACAUCGCCGCCCGCUGGCCAGGACCACGACCGGACCGAUGCUGAGAUGCAGGACGGAGACAAUGUAACGCAUCGUGACGCCUCCACCAACACAGUCGCUGUCGAGAUUUCUGCUAUAGACGAGGAUGCCAUGGACGUGACGCCGGACGCUGAGCCGGAUGCAUUACUACUGAACCAUUCGUCUUCUGAAGCACAGGAUGGUACUAUCACUACACCCCUGUCCCCUGUACCAGACGAUUCUGCUGAGGUUCUCUCAAACGCGAUCCCCCCUCCACCCGUAGACCCUGGCUCUGUGCCUCCGCCCGCCCCUCUCAACCUACAGCCCCCGCCUCCCCCACCCCCCGUCGAACCCGCACGUUCCGACACCGAUUCUUCAGACGAGGACGAAGAGCAUCUGCCAUGGCACCCGCUUCAGGAAGACAUGUCUUCGCCCGAUGAAGACGAACUCAGGUACAUCGAAGAGCGAGGCGAACACAGCGCCUUGGACCAUGAAUACUGGGAGAAGGAGGCCUUCAAGCCGCUCGAAGAUCCGGAAUACACUGCUGGCGAGGCGGGCCGCAUCCACUGGGCCAUUGAUGCCUACAACGGAACACGCGAGAAGCCCAAUCAUGAAAUUCUCAUGAAGUCCGAUGUCGUCACCAUUGGUGGACAUCAAUGGCAGAUCAAGUUCUAUCCUAAGGGGAAUGACUCCGAAUACCUCAGUGUCUAUCUGGAGUGUUUGAGUGUUAUGGAUCCAAAGGACAAGGACGACCAAGAAACUACGAACGACGCCCCAACACAAAACGGUAGUGAACCAAAAGACGAGGAGAAGUCUGGCGACUCUACGGUAUCUACCGAAAAUACGUCAGACUCCGCAUCGGAGCGGCAUGAAAAGGCUGGAUCAACGCCUACGGACGCGACGGCCCCACUUCCCCGAGUUGAGUACCAGCAUGCUCCACUACCACUUCUUGAAUCGAAAAAGGUGCCUAGGCGCCAUAGCGUGGCUGCACAGAUAUGCGUUGUUCUGUACAACCCGACAGAGCCUCGCGUGAACUACUCGCGUAAUGCUUUGCACCGCUUUUGCAGUGGGUCUCCAGACUGGGGCUGGACGCGAUUCCACGGUCCUUAUUUUGAGAUACCUCGCCGCAUGCACGGCCAGCGAAUGGCACUACUCCGAGAUGACAAGCUUGCAUUUACCGCGUACAUUCGCGUUGUCAAUGAUGAGACUGGCUGCUUAUGGGAGCACCCUAUCCGAGAUAACAUUUGGGACAGCUUUGCCAUGACUGGACUGCAAGGUCUUGCGCUUGGAGAAGACGCCAGUUCGCCAGGUGGGAACAUGAUCUCAGCGGUUGCGACGUGGAUGCUCUUCAAGCCUUUUCGACAAUUCUUGUACAGCAUAAACGUGCCGGAUCCUAAUGAAGAGCCGUUGGUCCGCCCAAAGCCGCUUGUCACUGCAUUUCAGCAAGUCUUGUACAUGUUACGAACCCAAGUGGAUCCAGGAGCCGGCGCAGUCGCUCUCGACGACAUCCUGGAUGCCCUUGAUUGGUACGGUAUACACGAAGGCCUCAAUAAGCUAGAUGUAAUCGAGACGUGGGAAGUUCUACGGCUCAAGCUUGAAGAGGAACUUCAGGACACGCCUCAUUUGGCGAAGCUCCACGCCAUCUGUGGACCAAAGCGCGACCACUCGAGUAAUGUUCCAAAUUACCGUGUGCCUGUCGUGGAUGUGGAGAGCAUGCAGGAGGCUGUAAAUAGCUCGAAUGGCUUUACUGCUCCUGGGCAACCGCUACCUGAGCUGUUGACCAUUGAGUUGGAGCGUCACGCGUUCGACGGUACAAAAACCCGCUCUCACAUCAAGUUACUCAACAAAGUCACACUCGAUGACAACAUCACAGUCCACGGCACAGCGUACACUUUAUACGGAUUUGUAGUGCAUAAGCAGACGUUGCAAUCGUAUGUGUAUCAGCCAAUCAUUCGACCCGAGGGCCCCGGAUCUCGUUGGUACAGCUAUUCGGACAGCAAGGAAGAGAACCAAGUGAAGUGUCUCCCCAAACGUCUUGCAGUCGAUGUGCACGAAGGCAAGCCGGGCACAGAACAGGUCGUUGGCAAUGACCCAAUCGCUUACAUUGCAAUGUAUAUACGCGACGACGUAGCUCAGUCUGCUUUUGUGUCAGACGCUGGGUCUGAACAAUGGCAAGUACCGGAGUGGAUCAGGCUAGAAAUAGAGAACAGAAAGAGUUCCAGAGGCUCUACACCGAUACCAACGAUACCCACCGAGCAGUCGGUAUCUGAAGCAAAGCCAACCGCGGAAGUAAAGCCGCCCAAGACAUUGGAAUUCCAGGUCAUCGAAUCACGGGUGUUCCUCAAACAUGAAGGGCCUGGUCUCUUUGAUGCUUUUGACUCAAAAUGGGCCGACACGAACUCUGAAUUCAUUCAUACGGUCUCGUUUUCAGACCAAGAUGGUUGCAAAGAGAUCCGCGCCAAAUUGAUGGACACGCUCACAGGCGUUAAAGAUGCACGGCAAAUCAAGUUCUGGUUCUUGGACCCAAUGCGAGGAUCACUCGGCAGGCCUAAUCUUCUCGGUACUGGGAGGAUAGAGUUCUCCGCUGGUAGUUACGACCAAUACACUGACAGCAAGGAAUGGACGCUAGAGGAGUCCCCAGUUGCAUAUCGGAGGAUAUGGGUGCAUGUUACCGAUUACGAAAAGCUCCCUGAGUUGCCUAAAGAAAAGGAGAAUGAAGUGCCUGAGCCACCUGCAAACGAUUUGCCUUCAUCCUCAACUAACCAGGAGUCUCAAGACAAUGCAGUGAGCCCGCAGGUGGAUGGAAACACUGCUGAACAGCCGUCGAAUUCACAGCCGCCUCAACUACCUGCAAGGGUAGAAGAUACGCCUAUGAGCGAGGUAGAGGAGCCUGCUGCUGCACAGAUUGAUCGUUCCGAACCUCCUGUUAGACAACACGAAGAUCCAUUGCCUACAGAGCCUGUUCAAACUGAUGAUACUGCUAUGAUCGAGGUAGAGUCAACUCCUGCGACCGAUCCACCGGCUGUCGACGUGGUCAUCCCGAGUUCAACGCCUGAUGAUACAGAGAUGGGUGGCACACAAGAGGAAGCACCGCCUCUUCCGCCACCACCAAUGGACAUUUCCUUUGAAAAUAUACAGCCACCUCCACCUCCACCAGCGCGUACCCCAUCGCCGAAGCCACCAGCAGACGAAAUUUAUUUCUUCCUUAAGUUUUGGAACCCAGAAAAACAGGCUCUGGAAUCCAAGGGCUCGCACGUCACUCUCAAGUCCCACAGGGUUGAUGAGACGAUCGUUGCUCUGCUCGGGCUUCCAGCAGAAGAGAAGAAGAGGCUGGAAAUAUGGGAAGAAGAGGAUAUUGGCACUACGCGAGCCCUUCGGCACCGCCGCACGUUUACACAACUUGACAUUCAUAACACGAGCAUCAUCAUUGCUGCCAUGCCUAUCAGCGCUGAACAAAAGGGCGUUCUCGCAGCCCGUGCUGCGUUCGCAGAACCUCAAGCAUAUUUAAAGUUCCGCUCUUUUGCUCGAAACUUUCCUCACAAGCUCAACGGUCACUUCACAUACAACUACUUCUCGAGUGAAUGCUACAAGGGCGAGAUUGUCAACGGCUAUCGUCAUGGUCACGGAACUCUCAUCUAUCACUCUGGCGCUGUCUAUAAUGGCUCCUUCCGCCUCAAUCAACGCCACGGCCACGGACUGUACACAUUCCAGAACGGCGAUACGUAUGAUGGCGAUUGGGCUGACGACCAGCAACACGGCACUGGCACGUACGUCGAGGCGACGAGCGGCAAUACAUAUGUUGGUGGAUGGCAAAACGACAAGAAGUUUGGUGAAGGCGUUACGCACUGGAAGAGUGCUCAAGAGGCCGAACGGCUUUGCAGAAUUUGUUGGGACGGCGAUGCCGAAGCUGCCUUUUACGACUGCGGGCACGUCGUGGCUUGUCUUCCUUGUGCAAGGGAGGUGCAGAGCUGUCCCGUCUGCAGGAAGAGGGUGCUGAGUGCCAUGAAGCUUUACUAUGUGGCGUGA